CUAUUUUUUUAUUUGUUUUUAGGGCAAAGAUUCAUGCACAAGCGCAGCGGGUGAAGAGUGCAGGAGGAAGGGGAAAUAAAAAAUCUGAAUCCUCUGAUGAGGAAUAUGAAGAUGAAUCUGAUGUGCCUAUUCAGGGAAAGCUGUUGGAACGAUUGGAGGAGUUCCCGUGGAUGAAGAAGUUAGCUAAGGUUGAUGAGGUCAGAUGUUUGUUCUGCAGGUGUCCGGUCAACUGGGAGCGGAAAAGUCAUAUUCAGGAUCAUAUGAAAUCUAAGAAGCAUAUGAGCGCCCUUGAACAGAAGAAGGAUCGAUAUCCAGAGGUGAUUGAGAAGAUAAACCAAAUCCAACCCAAAUACUUGAAGGAGAGUGAUAAACCCAAUAAUGGUGAUCGGUUAGCGUAUAGAAUACAUUUAAGACAAGGAACACCUGCCAUACAGAAAUUAUGGGGAGCUGCGCUCAUCAUUGGAACCAUGACAACACAAAUCAGUAUGUGUUAUAUCUGCUUCAAGUUAUACCUCUCCCAAGACGAGUUAAUGUGUCACAUCACAGCUGAGCACCCUGACACUCCUAACAAAUCUAUCCACAGCCCUCUCUUCAACAAGGAGACUAAGGAGUUCUUCUGCAACGGAUGCAACAAGUACACCGAGGCCAAGAAGAGCUUGAUGUGCUUCCUGGUCCACAACUUGAUCUGUACCAAGAAGUUCUACAAUUCUCCUAUGCCUAUUCGUUGCUUUCAAUGCCCUGAGAUGUUUUCCGUUUAUAAAAACUUCAAAGAUCAUCUUGAAUCUACCCAUGAAAACUUGCUACCGGAGCGCCUCAUGUGCACAGACUGCCCUCAAACCUUUCUCACCAAUGAAGAGCUUAAAAGACAUAUUAAUCAGGUUCAUACAGAACAUGUGUUCUCGUGUUCUCAGUGCCCCUCAUCUUUCAAGAACAAACAUUCCCUCAAAGAACAUGUGGUCAAGCAUCACAUAGGGGUUAAAAACUUCUCUUGUGACACAUGUGGAAAAGAAUUUUUUGGGAAACAAAACUUGCGAAUGCACAUGCGAAUUCAUGUGGCUCCGGAGAACAGACCGUAUGCCUGUGAGCUGUGCGGAAUGAGAUUUAUUGAACGAAAACAUCUUCUAAACCACCAAGCAACCCAUACUAACGAUAGGCCACAUAAAUGCCAUCUUUGUGACUCAAGGUUUAAGGUUCGGGACUGGUUGUCCAAUCAUUACAUUAAACAGCAUUCAAUUUCUAUAAAAGAGGUUGAAUCCAAAUAUAAACACUUGAGCAGGGUAGGGGUAGCAGCUGCCCAGUACUAUCAAAUUUAAUGAACUCUACAGUUUCUGUAUAUAUUUACGGGGGUGUAUAUUUUCAAGAAUUUCACCCUACAACCAAUGGGAAAUUUGUGUUAACGCUUUUUGGAAACAUAUGAUAAACAGGGCUUUUUGUUACAUUUUUAUACCUUCUCCAUUAAAUUCAAUUUCCUCCUAGCUCUAAAAUAGAACUAUUUCCAUGAUAAAAAAGGUCAAUAUUUUUAUUGCAAGAGUUUUAAGAUAUUGGCCGGAAAAAUAAAAAAUUGGAGAAAUUUAUUUUUUUAACAAAAUAUAAAUAUAGCCCUGAAAUUGUAUCUCUGUAUGAUAUUCAGUGUUCAAUCUUAGAAAUUCUACAAUCUACAACGAGACUUGGCUUUUUUAUCUAAAUCUAUGCACUGAUGAUACUUUCAUAAUUUUCUGAAAAAUGUAAAUGUUUAAUUUAGAAGACAAUAACAUUUUUUUGUGUCCCUUCAUUUUUAAUAUGCCACUUAUCUUUCACUUUAAAUUUUUCAAGUUAGAUACAUUAAACACAACUUUUUACCUAAUUUAGCAUAAAGUGCUAAACAAUCUUUAUAAUAUGUACACUACUUAGUAUUUUUUUACUGAUAAACAAUCUCAUUUUUUACAUAGAUUAUUUAUUAAUGUAAUUAUUAUUUAUAUUUAAUCAUUUUGUCGCU